UCCAUUCCUAUGAGUCCCUAUUGAACUCGCUUCUGAAGGGUUUAGUUGUUGAUGCUAAAUUCCAUAAACCCCAUGUUUCCUCGUCUUCCCAAUUCCCUCGACAAAACCCUAGCUAGCUAGAAUCAGAAAUCAGUGGCCGCCAUGGCAGAACAGAAUCACAGUCGAUCAGCAGAGGAGGAAGAGAUGAAGAAGAGGAAACGUAAGCGAAACAGAGCAAAAAAAGAAGCACAAGAGAAAAAUCUAAAUGAAAUCGAAGGAGGAGAAGAGAAGGAGCAGGAGGAGGAGGAUAGGGAAGUUGAGGAGGUGAAAGAUAAGAAGAAGAAUAAUAAAAAUAAGAAGAGUAAGAAGGAAAGUGAAGAGGAAGAGAAAGAAAAAGAGGAGGAGGAGGAGGAGAAACAGACGGUGAAGAAGGUGAAAAGUGGAGGUGGGAUUAUGAGUACGGAGUCAUUUGACUCGUUGGGAUUAUCCGAAGCCACUCGUAAGGCAAUUCAAGAGAUGGGAUUUGCGAAUUUGACUCAGAUUCAAGCCAGGGCAAUUCCACCACUCCUAGUAGGAAAAGAUGUUCUUGGUGCUGCAAGGACAGGUUCUGGGAAAACUCUUGCGUUUCUAAUACCAGCUGUAGAAUUAUUACAUAAUGUUCAUUUUGCUCCUCGCAAUGGAACGGGUGUUGUUGUUAUUUGCCCAACAAGAGAACUUGCAAUACAGACUCAUGCUGUGGCAAAAGACCUUCUCAAGUAUCACUCUCAGACUCUUGGCUUGGUUAUUGGUGGUGCAGCAAGAAGAGGAGAAGCGGAACGCCUUGUUAAAGGGGUAAAUUUACUAGUGGCAACCCCUGGUCGACUUCUUGAUCAUCUUCAAAAUACAAAGGGAUUUAUCUAUAAGAAUUUAAAGUGCCUUACAAUUGAUGAAGCAGACAGGAUAUUGGAGGCAAAUUUUGAGGAAGAAAUGAAGCAAAUUAUCAAGCUUCUACCAAAGGCUAGGCAAACUGCUUUAUUUUCAGCUACCCAAACUAAAAAGGUGGAGGACCUUGCUCGGUUGUCAUUUCAGACAACUCCUGUAUAUAUUGAUGUGGAUGAUGGUAGAACGAAGGUCACAAAUGAAGGUCUGCAGCAAGGCUAUUGUGUAGUGCCAAGUGCCAAGAGAUUUAUCCUUUUGUACUCCUUUUUGAAGAGAAAUUUGUCAAAGAAAGUGAUGGUCUUCUUCUCUUCAUGUAACUCGGUCAAGUUUCAUGCUGACCUUCUCAGAUACAUUCAGGUGGAAUGCUUUGAUAUCCAUGGAAAACAAAAGCAACAGAAAAGAACCUCUACCUUUUUUGAUUUCUGCAAAGCAGAGAAAGGCAUCUUGCUUUGUACUGAUGUUGCGGCUCGUGGACUUGAUAUUCCUGCUGUGGACUGGAUUGUGCAGUUUGAUCCUCCUGAUGAACCCAAGGAAUACAUCCACAGGGUUGGUCGAACAGCACGAGGGGAAGGUGCAAAAGGAAAUGCCUUGCUUUUCCUGAUUCCAGAAGAGCUACAGUUUUUGCGCUAUCUGAAGGCAGCAAAAGUCCCUGUCAAAGAGUAUGAAUUUGAUCAGAAGAAGCUGGCAAAUGUUCACUCUCAGCUGGAGAAGUUGGUGGCCAACAACUACUAUUUGAACAAAUCAGCUAAAGAUGCAUAUAGAUCUUACAUGUUGGCCUAUAAUUCACAUUCUAUGAAGGACAUCUUUAAUGUCCACCGACUCGAUCUGCAGGCUGUUGCUGCUUCAUUUUGCUUUUCUUCUCCACCAAAGGUGAAUCUAAACAUGGAAAGCAAUGCUUCCAAGUUUAGGAAGAAAACACACAAAGGAAGCCGAAAUGGUUUCAAUGAGAGCAAUCCUUACGGAAGGCAGAGCGAUGGAGAUGAAAAGCGACAAUUUGUAAGGUAUUAACCAGAUCGAUAUCAGUAAGUAACACUUUGGUGGAGCGAAAUGUGAUAUUAGUAAUUUUAUGAUUUUUUUUAUUGACUUGUGGCCUUGCCCAAAAGUUUUGUUUAAAUGUCGUUAACUGAUUCGAGUUCAUACACCUCCGAGAUGUAAUAUUGAAUGAACGAUUAUACCAAUUUAGAGCUCUGAAAUCAAGAUUUUUGUAAU